AUGGUCGGCAUUCCAAGAAGCAAAGGCUGUCGCAUAUGCGUCAAGCGUCGAGUUCGGUGUGAUUUGACGCGCCCAACCUGCAAUAAUUGUGCCAGAGGCAACCGUCCAUGCCCAGGCUACGAUUCCGAUCUGAGGAUUUUCGAUGAAGGCUACAAACUCCGAAAGCGAUUUGGCCAAAUCGAAGAUGCCGAGUCCAGGACCGAGGUCGACAGCGCGUCGCCCUCUACCAGCAAUAACAGUCAAUCAACAGAGUCAUCACCUGAAGAAUCAAUUGACCUGAUCAGCCGUUCCAAUACACCUGACCUUGAAGUGCGCCACUAUCGACCCCACCAAGCCUUACCGGCUCGGAAUCCAUUCUGGAUCAUGCUCGAAAACCAGAUAUAUCCUGAUGCCGAUCUGGUUGCGCCAGCGUCAACGCCCGGAUGGGGUGGGCUUCUAGGUGACAACUCGAUGGACCUGGACGUCCCGAUCGAGAUGACACUUAAUGACUCCAUCUACUCCCCCAGUCUAGUUCAAGAACAACUUCUCAACACCUUUUCUUCAUCAAUAGGCGGCCAUGGUUCACUGUUGCUUCCUCGGCAGAUGCGGAACCACCAGAAUUGGCUGGUACAACUGCCUGGCCUAUUUGGUUCGAAACUUCUCGACACGGCGGUGCGCGCAGUCUCUUUGGUCCAUUUGGGUCAAUCGCAGCGGACGGAUUUGUUUGUGCAAGAAUCAAGACAACACUAUGGCAAGGCGCUGCGUCUUCUCAAUCAGUCGCUGAUGGAUGACACUAAGGGCAUGUCGACGGAGACGCUGUCGGCCACAAUUCUGCUAUCGUUCUACGAGAUGUUUGCCUCCGACUCCAAUCAGUCCUGGGUGCGCCAUGCUGGUGGUGCGGGGAUGUUGAUGCGCAUUCGUGGGCCAACUCGUCAUCUAUCAGGUCUAGAUCGAGAUGUCUACCUUGCUUACCGCCACACCAUCGUCAUUGAAGCCUUUAUGAGAGACGAAGCCUGCUUUCUGGCCGAGCCUCAGUGGGUAGAAAUGUCCAAAAAGAUCCACGAAGAUCUCCGAAAUUCCGGCGUUCCCGGCGAACGAAUGGAUAUUUUCGACUUGGCCGAAGAGUUCUACCUGGAGCACAUCUUUAUCCCGACGACCUUGCGAGAUGCCAAGCAUCUGGAAGAGGCUCGACGAGAGUUGCCGCCUGACCUAUAUGCCGCUCAUGAAGAGGCCCUUCUCGCGAGGACACGAUUGCAUAGAGCCAAUCUCAAAUCCAUCAAUCUCAGAUUUCGAGCUGCACUUAAGAGACAAGGGCUCCAGACUUCGACCAUGGAAACCAUGGACCCCGUCUUCCCAAAGCAAUAUGUGUUUGUCAACGUGUUUGUUGCAUCUACACACGUGGGCUAUUGGACAAUUAUGGUCAUGCUUAACCUCAUUUUGAAGGGCAUCGAGAAGGAUGUCGCGCCCGAGAAGCACGAGCUAUAUAUUAUGGAAAAUCGAGAAAUUGCACGGGAUAUGUGUCGGACUGCGCCUUUCAUGCUGACAUCGUCAUUCCUGGGACCGUUCUUCAUCAUCUUCGCUCUCAGACUCUGCUUGAUGGUCUUCGAACCCGGACAAGAGAGGGAUUGGGUACUGCGAAAACUCCAUCAAAUCGGCGAUACGCACAUGAGGAUGGCCUCGGAUAUCCCGCGCUUUGAUCCCAAGGGAAACAUUUACAACUAG